AUGCUUGAUAAGCUGGAAGACGACGAGUAUGCAUAUUGGCGUAAGGAAAACACUUACUACCCUUUUCAUGACGAAGCCGAAUGGCAAUUGGGGAAGUUCUUAGUCGAAAAUCUUACUCAAACUCAGAUCGCCAAGUUCUUGAAGCUGACAUGGUUUGACACUCGUGAAAGACCAUCUUUCACUUCGAAGGAUCAACUCAUAGGCUGGAUGGAUACGCUACCCUGCUUCACGGAGUGGAAAGUCUCUCAAAUCGCAUUCACCGGUUACAAGACAUCUCAGCCUAUAGAGCUCAUUUGGCGCAAUGCGUUAGAUGUGGUCAAGCAACUUUUCAGUGAUCCAAUUUUUGCUAAUCAUAUGACAUUUGACCCACAUGUCGUCCAAGCUGGAGAUCAGCACGAAUAUGGAGAUUAUAUGAGCGCUGACAUGGCAUGGAAAAUUCAGGAUCAUCUUCCUAUGGGCACAACUCAAGUCCCAAUCAUAUUAGGUUCCGAUAAAACUCCUGUAACACGAGUCACCGGUGGGCUCGAGAUGCAUCCGGUCUUCAUCACCAUCGGCAAUAUCGACUCCGAAGUUCGCUCUAAGGCAACGUUACGAGCUUGGCGCUGUGUAGGCUAUAUGCCCAUUGUCAAGUUCAAAGCCACAGCAGCAGAAGGCUGUUUCAUGUCAGAUCCCUUCCGAUAUAUUCGUUAUGUCUUUACACCUCUCAUUGCUCAUAAAGUGGCUAAAGCUAUCUAUCUUUCCAGAGUUCAUAUGCCAUUUUGGCGUGAUUGGAAGUACGCCUGUCCGUCUGUCUUCCUUGCUGCUGAAAUCCUCCAUACUUGCCAUAAGUUUUUCUUUGAUCAUCCACUCAAUUGGCAUGAGCUCAAUGCCCGCUUCGCCAUUCAGCAUAAACGUGUUGGGACACGCCACUUUGCAAAAGGUGUCACCCACAUUAAGCAAAUGACCGGGCCGUCAAUCGCAGGGGCCACUCCACCCAGAUUCAUUCGUGCAAUUCAUGCUCUCAUAGACUUCAUCUACCUCGCACAAAAUCCAGUUCAUUCACCUGACUCACUGAAGUCCAUGGCACAGGCACUUGCGGAUUUCCACUCCUUCAAGGAUGCCAUCGUUGAUGCUGAGGCAAGGAGGGGGAAGAAUGGUGCGAAAGAAGAUUUUUUCAUCCCUAAACUCGAGCUACUGCAAAGCUUUUGUGGGACGGCUGAUGUGACGGAGCGCUUGCUCAUCACACACUGUAAGGAUCUGUUCAGUCGGACAAGUCGGCAAAGCAAAGAUUUUGCAUUGCAGUGUGUGCGGAUCCUGAACCGGCAAGAAGCAAUGGAGAUCUUUGACCUGUUUGCGCUGUUGCAUUCUCGCGGCGCAUCACUAGUCAAUGCUAUACACGCCGAGGAUGAAGAUGUCAUAACCACCAACCCUGCGCUCUCCUGGGUUUCCCGAGUUCUCCCUGACGAAGCGAAGUCCGUCCAUGGUCCUCGACCUGUCCGCAACCACUUCCUCAAAGGCAUUCUCUCUGGAGAUGCACUCACCGCCUUUCAACUGAAUGUAACGCUGGAUUACAAAUCUCUGUCCCCAGUUGAGAUUCGCACAAAAUACUCGCUCCCUGACUUUGAUAUCAUGCUCACCGAUUUCAUGCAUCCAUUCCAGCCACGAAUCAUAAUGCCAAGCAGAGUGAUACAAGCUUACCCACCUAGUGAGGAUUUCCCCUUCAGCAACUGUGAUACAGUUCUCAUUGAAACCAUGAGAGAUGAUGGCCAAACGAGCAGUCGCGUCGCACAGGUCCGACUGGUUUUCCAGCCAAUAAUUCGACGAGGAUCCAACUUAGACCUUCCAACAUACCUUUCUACUCCGCUUCUUUACGUCCAAUACUUCCACUUUAUCGCCUCUCCUGACGAACAACCCGAACUUUCAAUGUGGACCGUGGAGCGUUCAUACGUUCAAGAUAAUACUGGUAAUCGUUAUAGGCAGGGCGCUGUGGUGCAAAUUACAGACGUAACACACGCUAUUGAACUCAUACCAUGUUUCGGCGAGAAAGUGGCCAGUGAUAUUUCGUCAGCCACUUGUUUGGAACGCCACGAGCGUUUCUUUUUGAACAACUUUGCGGACAAAGAGAGCUACCAUACAUUUAUGCGCUACUGAAGUCGUAAGCGUUCGUAAGUGUCCGUAACGCGCGUAAGUUAAGCGUUCAUUUC